CCGAACGUCGAUGUCUCCUCCCAACAUGUCUCCUCCCAACAUGCACACCCAUCUAUCUCAUCCACCCGCUGCCCCCGUCGGUCUGUCUGCAUCGAUCGCAUAGACAGAUGGAUGUGGCAUGCACAUGUCGAAAGAGAAUUCCCACAACCGACGACAAACUUAGUCAGGUCGAUAAAACCUCACACACUCACCUUGUAGCACAGGCACACACCUAGCACAACUCAACUACUCAUCCAUUCACUCCUUCCGCCCCCCCGUCACCAGCCUGUCCGUGCGUCUGCGUGACACGCGCACACCUCACGUCAAAGCCGCCACCCAACCGAUCCACACACUCGAAGCAGAAGUCUGGCCAAUCGCCCGUCUUCCAGUCCGUCGACGGCCAGCAUGACGUCCGCCCAGUCAGGUCGGAUGAGACCCACCAGCCUCAUGCACGACAGGGCAGGCAACCAGGUGUAUUGUACAGACACAGCUAGAUAGGUCGUCGGAUCGGCUUUAUCGCAUUGUCUGUCUGUCUCCCCAUUUGAGCAGCGGCAUUUCUAACUAACGCGCCAGUCAUUUGCAGCCAGUCCUCGCUCGACAACGUAUGCACAGCGGCCACAACAACAUAUCCACCUCGCCGUAUCAGCACCGCUCCCUUCCAAGCCCAGGCCUUCUCCUGCUUGGGGCUGAUCUGCAUGGGACGAGCUCAGGUGGGCUGCCGGCGAUUGUCAUCAUAUUCGCUCUCCAGUUCCUGCAAGCAUGAAGGCAUUGAUUGGAUUGCAUGCCAUGCGCCACGUCCAUGUGCCGUCCGUCGUGGGGUUGGUAGCUCAGCUGACUGAGUGCUGCAUGUCUUAUGUGCUGACUGACUGACUGACUGACUCACCCUGAGCACCCCGAUGGGUAUCUUUAUCGACAGAGCCGUCUGCACAAGAGCCUCGGCCUGACGCGCACACACACACACACACAGAGCAUUCGAAUGUGUCGUCGUGAGCAUGGCAUGAGUGUCUGACCUUGAGUGUGGUGGGUGAGCACUUGAGGCGGUGCAGGAUGGCCUCGAAGGACUCCUUGAACAGCUCAUCUGCACCACACAGACAGACAGACAGGCAGGCAGCCGUCAACCAUCGACGGAUCGACCAAUGCACCCACCCGGAGGCUCUGUGUGUGUCGGCUCGGCUCGGCUGCUGACCUUGUUGGAGGGUGACGGUGGCCAGGGCGACUCGAAAUACGAUCUUGAUGCCCUCCGCCAGGAAGAUGUCCCACACACGCACCAUCACCUGCACACACACAGAUGCACACACACAGCCACGGGGGUGCGGUGCAAUGGUGGGUGCAUCAUAAAUGUCGGUCUGUUGUGUGUUCCCUCUGUGUGUGACCUCGAAAGGGAAGUUGUAUGUGAAGACGGUCAUGAACCACUGGGACGCAUACAUGGUCGCGUCGACAUUCUCGGCGCGCUACACACCACACGUACAACAUACAGACAACAGCAGGGAGGGACAUGGUUGAUGGUGUCUGUCUGCCAUGCCCACCAGGUGGUCGUGCAGGCGCGGCAUGUGGGCCUGCAACAGGCGCUGGAACUGACACCCACACAGACAGAUGGGAACGAGACACACGGUGGUGAAUUGAUGAUCAUCUCUUGUCAGUGUAUGUGUGACCUGGUAAAAGUACUUGUCCAGCAGAGGCAGCCCGGGGCGGCUGUGCUUGCUGUGCUGACCCGAGCCCCGAUCUCUCUCUGAAGAGUAAGUGUUUGGGGAAGGUGCGGCUGAUGUCACGCGAGAUGUCACCCUCACACACAGCCUCGGGCUCGCGAAGCAGACGCUGAAUGACGCCGACACACAGACGUAUACACACGCGCGUCUGCGUGUCUGCUUGUCUGUCUGUCCGGUGACCUGAUAGAGUCCCUCAGGGUGUUUGUUGAAGAGGUUCCGCGAGGCUGCCAGCUUCUGCCACACAAAGCCGCGGAGGCAAUCGGGGACGCCGUGACGGAUCUUCUGCUUCAACUGCCAAGGCCAGAUCACACACAAGGAACACACAAGCAAUGCACUGCGAUGGAUGGAUGGAUGGAUGCCGCCUCUCCACCCACCAGAUCUCUGUUGUUUGUGCGGAAUCUGUCGAUGUCGAUGCAGAUAACCCGCCAUUGGUGCAGGGACCGCAGAUCAUUGCGGUACUUCCACCCCUCGCCGCCCGACUGAGCCCUCUCCGCCGUCUCGGCCGGGAAGGAAGGAGCCGUCAGUGUGUCCAGCUCGCUGCGUGAUUCAUCAUCUUCAGAUGCUCCUUCGUCUGAAGGGACUGCUGCAGUCCGCAUCUCACGCCGCAUUUCGGUCC